GAGAUGUGAAUAUCCAUUUGAUCUCCAGACGGAUCAGUACUUUCUCUCUCUACGAAAUCUAAGUCAAAUCUCUCUCUUGCGAAACAGAAGCAAAGAAUCGAGGAGAAUAAAGAUCGGGAAAAACACGAAAUCAGUAUGGCAUCAAGAUGCGAAAUCCUCUGUGAGAUCUUACUCGCAAUCCUCAUUCCUCCCCUCGGCGUUUGCCUCCGUCAUGGCUGCUGCUCCGUGGAAUUUUUCAUCUGCUUGGUUUUGACUAUUUUGGGGUACGUUCCUGGGAUAAUUUACGCCCUUUACGCUAUUGUCUUCAUCGAUCGCGAUAGAUUCCGUGGGGAUUAUUACCAGCUCGCCUAGUACUACUUCUGAUUUCCUUGAUUUCCUCGUGAUCUCGUCAUUUCCUUGUGUAUUUAGGAUUUCCGAUUGUUAAUAUGGAAAUGUCAGGAUGUAUUGUCUGAUUUAUCUCAAAGUUAUUGACUUUUUUGCUGAAUAAUAUGCUUUACUUUGAAUCCAAAUUGAAGUAGAAUAUGAAGUCUUGUGAUUAUAAAUUGUGAGGUCUGCUUAUUUGGUC